AUGGCUCUCAGUGGCGCCCUCUCCGGCGUGGCUUCGAAGGAAGCAUCUCAGAGCUUGACGCAGCGUUUGAAGGUGUAUGGCUUGGCUGGCGUUGUGGCCUAUGGGCUCCUUAACACAGUGUACUACACGGCGAUGUUCACUUACAUGUGGACUGUUGGCUUCAAGGUCCCUAGAGGGCUGGGCUAUGCUGAAGCAGCGAGGAAGCUUGUGGAGGUGCUUGGCAUCACAUGGGCAGGCAGUCAGCUCACAAAGGCUGCAAGAGCCGCCGGUGCACUGCUGCUGGCACCUGUGGUGGACAAGGGCCUGGGAGCAUUCCAGCGUGCCCUGCACCUGAAGUCGAGGAGGACCGCUUUCCUAUACAUAGUGGCGUUAUGCCUGGGACUCACUGCUGCCCUCUUUGGCACUGUGGUUGUUGUGCACGCCUAA